AUGACUUCGUUGCCGCCCGAUCCUUACAAGACCUUGGGAGUUUCCAAGGAUGCGCAAAUCACAGAAAUCCGUUCUGCGCACCGCAAGCUCGUCCUCAAAUGCCACCCCGACAAAGUCCAAGACCCUGCCUUGAAGGCACUGAAGCAGGACGAAUUCCAAAAGGUCCAGCAAGCCUACGAGCUUCUCAGCGAUGAGAAGGAACGACAGCGCUAUGAUGACCAGGCACGCAUUGCCGAGCUGCGAAAGCAGAUGCAGUCCAAGGCCAACACGUCAAGUCCCCGCGCGACGCCCACCACCUACAAGUUCGACAUCCGAACCGCCGAGCCUCGCCCCAACUCGUACAAGUCGACUUCUGGAACCCCUCCCGGUUCCAAGUUCUACCCGCGGUCAUAUGAAGAUGACCGUGGCCCUCAAAUCUUUGAUGCCGAGCCUCGCGUGAGACGGGAACAGUCAUACUCGGACAAGACAAAGCGGGAAUCCGAACGCGAGCGAGAGCGUGAGGCAACCAAGGAGAAGGAACGCGAACGCCAGAAGAAGGCAAGCGACGCCCUUCGCCGCGCUGAGAAAGAGGCCAAGGAGCUCAAGGAAGCUCGACGAGCGGAGAAGAAAAAGGAACGCGAGAAGGAACGCAAGCGGGAGGCUGUGGAUAAGAAGCAACGCGACAAGCCGCCUUAUUUGGAGCCCUAUGAGGACGAGCCUGUCAAAGAGAAGAAGAAGUCGAGCAAGAAGCACGACGAGAAGCGGGAUCGAUCUUCUCACCGAGAAGAGGCUAUGCCCAGGAUGAGCGCACCCCCUCCCCCCAUGCCGGACCAACCGUGGGCCAGCACUCUUGACUCGGCUGUCUCAUACAUCGAAGCAAAGAACCGAUCCAAGGCCUACCACCCCACCCGUGUUCAGCCUCCUGCUGCACCCACUCCCCCUCCGGCCCCCGGCCUAUCGUCCCCCUUCUCGCCCCCUCCUGACGACGAUGUUCGUCGCUCUGCGGCCAAAUCCCGACGAGGAUCCUCUGGUGAGAAGAAGGCGUACAAGAAAGCGUCGCAUGAGGUCCUCGAGGACCCCGUCAUCGUGGACACAUCGCCCUCCGCACACUAUGCGCAGAAAUCUGCUACGGCUGCUGCUGCCCUGUCUGGUUCACCUCCACGACGUGAACUGCAUCGGCAACAUACCAUGCCCAUAUCUGCUGAGAGGUUCAGCCGCCCAAUCCCCAACAUGUCCAGGUCGCAAACAUUCACCGCUGGCUCAUACCCAGAGAUGGUGGACCCUCGUGGCCGCGGCCGCUCAAAGCUGCAGCCUCAAAUCGAAGAGAGUGACUCCGAGGAUGAGCACGCACAGCGACGCCGAGAGCGUCGAGAGCGCAAGCACAGCAGCAAGAAACAUCACUCACCCGAGCCUCACGCUGCCGAGUACGUUCAGCAGUACAAGGUUGAGGGCGGUCGCACGGUGCCGCAGAAUUCGUACACGCGCAACAUGGAUCCCACCGGCGCGGAUGCAUAUGGAUACUAUCCAUCCCAUGCCCGUGGCAUUCAAGUUCAGGAGACUCGUCCGUCGAUGUCAGCACGCGAUGCAAGCUAUUCGAGUUCUCCUGGGAAUUAUACAGGCAGCUUCGGUACCAAGGUCAAGACCUCCAAGGCCUACGACUUCGGAGAUGUUGCCUAUAGCAAUACCUACGCGAUGUACCACGAGGACUAUGCGCAAGCGUACUAG